AUGUCUGCGAGUCAAGAUCCCCGAUCCAGAGACAAUGGCCCCGAUGGAAUGGAGCCCGAGGGCGUCAUCGAGAGCAACUGGAAUGAGAUCGUUGACAGCUUUGAUGACAUGAACCUCUCAGAGUCCCUCCUCCGUGGCAUCUACGCCUAUGGUUUUGAGAAGCCCUCUGCCAUCCAGCAGCGAGCCAUUCUUCCUUGUAUCAAGGGUUAUGAUGUGAUUGCUCAAGCCCAGUCUGGGACAGGAAAAACAGCCACUUUUGCCAUUUCGAUUCUGCAACAGAUUGAAUUGGACCUAAAGGCCACUCAGGCCUUGGUCCUGGCACCUACUAGAGAAUUGGCACAGCAGAUACAGAAAGUAGUCAUGGCUUUAGGAGAUUACAUGGGUGCCUCCUGCCAUGCCUGCAUUGGGGGUACCAACGUGCGUGCAGAGGUGCAGAAGCUACAGAUGGAAGCUCCCCAUAUCAUCGUGGGCACCCCAGGACGAGUGUUUGACAUGCUUAAUCGCAGAUACCUGUCUCCCAAAUACAUCAAGAUGUUUGUACUGGAUGAAGCUGAUGAAAUGUUAAGCCGUGGGUUCAAGGACCAGAUCUAUGACAUAUUCCAAAAGCUCAACAGCAACACCCAGGUGGUAUUGCUGUCAGCUACAAUGCCUUCUGAUGUGCUUGAGGUGACCAAGAAGUUCAUGAGGGACCCCAUUCGCAUUCUCGUCAAGAAGGAAGAGUUGACCCUGGAGGGUAUCCGCCAAUUCUACAUCAACGUGGAGAGAGAGGAGUGGAAGCUGGACACAUUGUGUGACUUAUACGAAACCCUCACCAUCACCCAGGCAGUCAUUUUCAUCAACACCCGAAGAAAGGUUGAUUGGCUCACUGAGAAGAUGCAUGCCCGAGACUUCACUGUCUCUGCCAUGCACGGAGAUAUGGACCAAAAGGAGCGAGAUGUGAUCAUGAGGGAGUUCCGCUCUGGCUCAAGCAGAGUAUUGAUCACCACUGACCUGCUGGCCAGAGGCAUUGAUGUGCAGCAGGUUUCUCUAGUCAUCAACUAUGACCUUCCCACCAACAGGGAAAACUAUAUCCACAGAAUCGGUCGUGGUGGACGUUUUGGCCGUAAGGGUGUGGCUAUUAACAUGGUGACAGAAGAAGACAAGAGGACUCUUCGAGACAUCGAGACCUUCUACAACACCUCCAUUGAGGAGAUGCCCCUCAAUGUUGCUGACCUCAUCUGA